AUGUUAAAUGUACUAAUAUCAGAUGCUCACAAUCGCUUACGAAUAUAUCGACAAAGACUACAGGGAUAUCGUACUGCUGUUAUAAAGGAUACAACUGAGAUGGAUGCAAACUCGAUAAGUCUUGCCAUUCAACAAACGACAAACGAACAUAGAAAGAGACGACGCAGUCAACUUGAAAGGAAAUUUAAAAACACGAGAUCCUACAAACAAUCCAAUAAUAACACUGACGCCUGGGUUAAAAACAUCUCAGACAGAUCUCUCACUGAACAACAAACUCGAAGUUUAGCUAAAGGGUUAAAUUUCAAUACCAAAGACGCCGACGCAUUAGAUUACGUCGCAGACCUUGAAUCUGCACUAAAAAGUACUUCGCUCCCUGAUGAAACUAAAGAACAUAUUCGCCAUCAAAUAACAACUAAUCUUCUUAAUAAACGACCAGUUAGCCUCGACACUGAUGAGCAAAAAGCAAUCAAAGACUUACAAGAUGACAAAGAAAUCAUUAUACUACCAGCUGACAAAGGACGAAUGACUGUAGUUAUGAACAAAUCCGAUUAUAUCGAUAAAGCAAACACUUUACUAAAAGACACGGCAACAUAUCAACCACUUGACACUGACCCUAACAAAACGACGGUUAAUCAUAUUAACCAGAAAUUAAAACAACUUAAAGACAAAGGCAAGCUUGAUGAACGCAACUAUAGCAGAAUCCGACCAAACGAUGCCUCCACCGCAAAGUUUUAUGGACUACCUAAAAUACACAAAAAGAACAUCCCUCUAAGACCUAUCGUGUCUCUUCCAGGCUCCCCAACAUACGAGUUAUCCAAAUAUCUCGCCAUGGUUCUUCAUCCUCUUGUUAAAGUAUCACCUCAUACGGUUAACAACACUAAUGCCUUUCUAAAUAAUAUUAAGGACCUCAUGACGAAAUCAUGA